CGCAUAGAGAGUUAAUGGGGUGCUAAUGGGCUAUCUUUCUUAUUCCUAACAGGUUUUAAAAUGGAAUAUAGAGAUGGCGAACAUUGAUGGUAUUGAGCGAGGUCCGGCUGCUAGGUCGGAGGAUAUUGUCAAGGCAAUAGAAAAGAGUGAGUUGGCGAGACUGCAGGUACCAAAGGUGGACAUCUUCUUAUUCAAAGGAGAGAAGGUGUCUGAGUGGCUGGAACUAUUUGACCACAACAGACAACACCGCAAGGAUCGCAAGGGAACCAAGGCGGUGGGCACGGACAAGGUCAAGGAUGGGGUCGAGGACGAAGAAAUGGUGGCCGUGGAGGUGGCGGAAGAGGAAAUGGAAAUAGCAACUCCAACGGAGGAGGAAACGGGGAUUGGAACGCGUCAGGCGUCAAGGUCGGGAAGGGCGCCACAGGCAGUCAGGACAAGGGCUAAGGGGUCAAUAAGCUCCGAUGAGCUAGCGAAAGAUGUUCCUGAGCCUAGUGGGGAGAAAGGGACUGUGGAUAUCCCGGAGGAUGAGGAUGAAGAGGAUGCGAGGUUAAGGAGAAAAGAAGAUAAGAGAGCUGAGCAGAGGGCCAAAAAGAGGGGUGUUGAGACUGACACGGACACAGUUCUAGAAGGGAAGAAAAAGAAGUACACUGUCCGAGUGGAGGAAGGUUACGAUGUGGAAGAAAUGAUGGAUAAAAUCCUUGAGGGUCAUAACCAUCUUAUGAACCUGAAGGAUGUCUUGGCCUCAGCCCCAAGGCUUCGAGACGAGCUCAAAGCUCGAUUGUCCAAGAAAAUGGUGGCUAGCGUGCGACUGGGGGCAAUAAUCCCCAAAGAAGCAGAAUGGUCAGAGACCGGCACAAAGAUGGAUUGGAAGUCCGUCGCAUGUGGAUGCUUGGAUGUGAUAGUGAAGGGGAAAACAUGCACGACAAUGGUGGAUACUGGCGCGGAAAUGAACCUCAUAAAGGAGGAGCAUGUCGUGCGAUUAGGAAUGGAGAUUGAUCGCUUCGACAACGGGGUUCUCAUGAGAGCGAAUAGUCGAUCAGUGUUUGUGGGGACCGCAUCGGGAGUUAUUUUGGAGAUUGGGAAAAUAAAGGUAAGAAGUUGUUUCUUUAUAAUGCCUGAUCUCGAUCAUCCCAUCCUAUUGGGCCGAUCCUUCUUAAGCAGAACGGACACCCUCAUACUUAACAAGCAUGAUGAGACAAUGUUCCUCGUCUUAUGUGACCCAGUGUGUGGCAACAAUGAGGUUAUCACAUGCAGAAAUACGAGGGCGCGAAGUAUAAGGAACCGGCCCAAUCCUGGCUCUUUCACGAUCGAAGAGUCGGUAGAAGAGAGGAGGUUGGGAAGGGAUGAGUUUGAAGGGGAGAGACAACCGGAAGCGUUGACCCUUAGCUUAGCAAGUAUAGGCGAUGCAAUGGACAUAGUGUCGACCUACGGGAUGGCGGACCCAAAGGUUGUAGAGGCCCUGAAAGAGAAGAAGGAGGAAGCUGCCAAGGAAAGAGAAGUGGAUAAGAUGGUGAGAGUUGCACGAGAAAAGGAGAUCAGGGUUCACCUCAGGCUAAAAAACCUGGCAGAAAUGAGAGAUAAGAUGCAGCAAGGGAGUCAGCCAGUGGAGGUGGAAGCCAAGAAGAGAGCUCAGAAGGACGACCCUCCUCUACUCACAGAAGCCUGGGAGAGCUUUGACAGGUUGAUGGAGGCUGCAGGCAAACCCACUGAGAGGCAUCAGGAGAUGGGGGUUAAGUUAUUUUCCACAGACUUACUUAGCCCGAAGGGUCUUAUGAAGGAAGGGUUUGCAACAGCGAAAGCUUCUGAUGAGAAGAUAGAGAGACGAGUGACAAAAGUAGCGCAAGCUUCCCAUGGUCAGAGGGUGAAUUGGGAAAGAGAGAUUAAAGACUUGAAGAAGGAGGUGGAAAGGCAAGGAAAGGAGGUGGAUGUUGUGAAGACCGAGAUGGUGGACACCACGACUGAGAAUGGAGCCCUCAAGCUGGUCAACCAGACCCUUAAUAAGGUCAACGACGUUCUGAGAGGGCAGCUCCAGGCACAACAAACCUCCUUCCAAGCAAAGGAGGUUGAAUAGGAAAAGAGGUUGAGGGAUAUUGAGGUCAAAUGUGCUCAGCAAGUGCCUACAGCAGCACCAAAAAGAGGAGGCGGGGGCAGAGCAGCAAGCAGAUGAG